CAAGACUUUUCUACCUGGUAAAAAUGUACUCGUAAAGAAGAAACAUGACAGACUUUACAAGUUUGACCACCAAAUUCCGAGCGGAUCCAUCCACGUCCAAAAUCACCAAACGACCAAGAGAGUCUCUGGCGUGUAAUCAAUGUCGAAAAUCCAAGCUUCGAUGCGACAGAGCGCAGCCAUGCGGGAGUUGUGUCAAAAGAGACGUCGCAACGGCGUGCUCCUACCAUCGACCUACCCCGUCCAACCACUCUCAAAAUGAGGGUGCCCGCUCGUCGUCCUCCGUGGCCGAGGAUAGAUUGAUGCACCUCGAAGCCAUGGUCAGGGAGCUGAUGGAGCAUCAGCAGCAACAGUCGUCGUUGUCGUCAGCCACUGAACAAAAACCGACGGCGGCACAUGCGAUGCCAACCAAGCCCAGAACACCACCUUCAUUGCCUCACGACCCGGUCGACCUGGACCUCCCCACUGACGCGUCUUCCUCGUCGCCGUCCUCCGGCGGCGACAGUCGCUACGUCGGAUUCACACAUUGGUCGGCCAUCCUCGACGACAUUCAAGAACUAAAGGUCGCGCUGACGGCGCCGGACGAAGUUUCUGAGAGUACCACCGCCGGCACAUCUUCUUCUACUACUUCCACCCCACCCAGGUCGGCUCUUUCAGGGUCGGCAGGAGACAACGACGAUGACAUCAUCUUCGGAGGAGCGAGUAGUUUCUCGCUUCGAGACAUUCUGGAUCAGGACCUCCCUCCCAAGGUCGAAAUCGACCGGGCUUUGGCCGUCUACUUUCGCGGGGAAACGUUUGUCGUUCCCUUUGUACACACGUACCAAUUCCAACGUCAAUACCGGGAGUUUUGGGCCGACCCUACAAAGGUCAACCCUUUAUGGCUUUCCAUGUUGUUGUCGAUAUGUUACAUGGCAUCUUUGAUUGGGGGUUUUACGGGUACCAGUGCCGCCACCACCGCCACCACCACCAACUCCACGACAGACGCCUCUCGUGAAGGAGAGGAGGGCGACCUCAUCCGUCGACGCCGUCACCGACUCCACAGAGCCGCGGCGAGGUGUUUGGUCUUGGGAAGUUAUCGACGACACCAACCUUUCGCGCUCGAAGCUCUCGCCAUCUACGGCCACUGCAAAAACCUGGGCACGCUCGAACCGUCACGCGAGGCCGGCACCAUCCUUGCCAUUGUGGUCCGCAUGGCGUACGAGAUGGGCUACCACCGUGACCCGGACCACCUGGCCGGUCAGGGCCGGGGCCACGGACGCGGUCACUUUACACCGUUCGAGGCCGAGAUGCGCCGUCGGUUCUGGGCGGUCUUGAAACAGUACGACACCAUGGUGUCGUUCCAGUUGGGUUUGCCCAGCAGUAUCGUUUUGGAAAACAGUGACACAAAGCCACCUCGACAUCUGUUGGACGCGGAUUUUAACGAGUCAACCACGCACCUACCACCUUCGAGGUCCGAAGAGGAACCUUCUCGGCUCCUUUGGUUCAUCGUCAAAGACCGGAUGCUGGCGUUGUUCAGUAAAGUAUCACGAGACGCCUUGUCCUUUUCCGAACGGUCAGAAGCCGAAAUUUCGGAACUCGACCGAGAGAUCCGUCGCGUCCAUUCUGGUAUCCCCGAAGUCCUGCGAAGUCGAGCCCUGGCCGAUUCUUUCACCGACUCACCAUUUUUGAUCAUGACUCGGUUCUACAUCGAAUUCAUCCACUUGAAGAACUUGCUGGUUUUACAUCGCAAGUACAUGGUCAAGGGUAAUGUGUUUAGUACAAUGGCUUGUGUCGAGGCAGCCAAAAGUCUGGUGAGUCAAUUCGUCGACAUGUACAAGGAACAACAAAACCCAGAAGGUCAAUUGUACAUGGAAAGAUGGAUGUUGAAUAAUUUCACCAUGAAUGAUUUCUUGUUGGGUGUCAUGGUUUUGUGUCUCGUGGUACACCUUUGUCGUCAAAGAAGAUUGAGGAAGAAUUGGAGUCGGGGUGGUAUUUCUGGUCAUACUGCUACCACUUCUACAGCUACUACUGCCGCCGCCGCCGCCGAUGAUGACAACGGUGGUACAAAUCAAUAUCAAAGUUUCGCCAUCGAAUUAGCCACCCAAAAAGAAGUCUUUGGUUUACUCGAACAUUCUUAUGACAUUUGUCUGGAAAAAGGUCCGGCUUGUAGAGACGCACAAAGAGUUUCACACGCCAUACGAUUGACUUUGGAUCAACACCGACACCAACAAACAAAGUCAGAGUUCAAACCCACGACGACCUCUGAUUCAUCUUCUACUGCCCAGUGGAUUAAUGUUCCACCACCUCCUCAAAUGUUCCCUGCCAGUACAAAUACAAGUACGAGUGUGAAUACGAAUGGUGUACCCUCGGGAGGUAUACAUGAUUUUGACCAUCGGACAGGUAUCGACAAUACUGAUGUGACAUUGUUCGACUUUUCCGAAUCCUCUCUCGACUCGACCCUCAAUCUCGAUCCGAUGUUUUUGGGGCCAGAGGAAUCCGGACGUCCAUCGACUACUUGGUUCAACAAUAACAAUACCAUAAAUGACAACAAUGUUAUCCCCACCGAUACAGGUUUGGCAUUCGAUUCUCUCAACCUAGUAUUCAACGAUUUGGACGAUUUGAAUUUGAAUUGGAUGUCAAACUUUGAUCCUCAAAUAUCGGAUUCUUAG